GUAAAGAAGCUCGUCGCUGGUUUGUUUGUCGCGCUGCUGCCCGAGUGAUUUUCUGCAUAAAAUACCGCUGCAUUCCCGCCGGAGGUGACGAAAAACGAUGGCAGAGUACUUGGCCUCGAUUUUCGGUACCGAAAAGGACAAGGUAAACUGUUCGUUCUACUUCAAAAUCGGAGCCUGCCGGCACGGGGACCGAUGCUCGCGGAUCCACAACAAACCCACCUUCUCGCAGACCUGCCUGCUGCAGAACCUGUACGUGAACCCGCAGAACUCGGCCAAAUCGGCCGACGGCAGUCACCUGGUGGCGAACGUGUCGGACGAGGAGAUGCAGGAACACUACGAUAACUUUUUCGAGGACGUGUUCGUCGAGUGCGAGGACAAGUACGGCGAGAUCGAGGAGAUGAACGUGUGCGACAACCUCGGCGACCAUCUGGUCGGUAACGUGUACAUCAAGUUCCGCCGCGAGGAGGACGCAGAGCGCGCGGCCAAAGAUCUAAACAAUCGCUGGUUCGGUGGCCGACCGGUGUACUCGGAGCUGUCGCCCGUGACGGAUUUCCGCGAGGCUUGCUGCCGCCAGUACGAGAUGGGUGAAUGCACCCGCUCCGGAUUCUGCAACUUUAUGCACCUGAAGCCGAUUUCACGCGAACUACGCCGCUAUCUGUACUCGCGCCGUCGUGGCCGCUCACGAUCUCGCUCUCGAUCACCUCGGCGUGGUGGUGGUGGAGGGGGCGGUGGUGGUGGUAUCGGAGGUGGUAGUGAUCGUUCCCGUGACCGGCGUAGGUCGCGAAGCAGAGACCGGAAAAACGAUCGCAACGACAACGGCCGCAAGGGGAGAUACUGAACGCGGCCUACUGAACCUACUGACAGCAACGCACCUAUCUCUCGCCUACUCUUCUUAGUAACAUCAUGAUUUGUGUGAGUUUCUACAAUUUCAUCUAAAAAGAAUUUCCUUUUGUGGAGGAGGGAUUCCAUUCUCCCCCAUUUUACGUUGUCCAACGGUGGUCCUGAACGGCGGCGAGGGUCGGGAACCAAAACACUCUACACAUUCAAAUUCCCCCUUACUGACUACCAUUCAGUUGGAUUACUAAUAUUGUAAAAUAUAAGUACGCAAAUACACAUAGAUACGUGUGAAAUGUACGGAUCACAAAUACUUUUUA